ACCCCGCGUCCUUGCUGCAACCCAACCCCUCCACAAAUCUACCACCCUGGAUACGGUGUGGUGUACAUUGACCGCACUGCGUCUCUAUUAACCUUAUCGCGAUGAUGGUUUGCGCGACCUGCAAAGGCUUGCAAAAGAAUUUGAACCCCGUGGAUGGUGCCCAGGACAUCGAAGCGGGCGCGCUGUACUGGGUCGAUGCUUCAAUGCCAGACCUUCGUACAAGUGCCGCUGAUUGCCGCGCGUGUGGAUUGCUCUUGCAAGGCAUUCUGUUGCACCACGAGCGUUUCAGAAACGUGAAGGAAAAUGACAUCCGAAUCACAGCAGAAUCAUUCAAACCAGUGCCCGAACGAAGCUCCCAAGAUCACCUAUCGGUCGAAGUUCGAUGGCAGGAGCAGCACAGCGACGACCAAGAAGAUGACGAGCACGGCAGUGCAGGCUGGCCGAACCUUAAGCUCGAAUUCUUCACAGAUGGAGAUGGACAAUCAUCCUUCUCCGCAAUUGGGCGAGGCCGUCAGAUCUCAAGCCAGCCUCUGCAGGACACAGGCCUUGCCACGAUUCGCAAUCUACUUAAGUCCUGCCUCGCAACCCACUCGAAAUGUCGACAACCCAAAUCAACCACAUUACCGAAACGAGUUUUAGAUGUGUCAGGAACCGACUCGAAAAGUAUACGUCUGCAUGAGUCCGACUUCAACCAGGAAGAGAGCAGAUACGAGUAUGGAGAAUACAUUGCGCUUAGUCAUAUUUGGGGCACGGCAAAGAGCUUGCCAAAGAGUGCGACAAGAACGAUACAAUCGCACAAGAAGGGCAUACCAUGGACAUCCUUACCAAGAGCGAUCCAGGAGGCGAUCGUUCUCACAAGAGCACUUGGAUUUCGUUGGCUCUGGAUUGAUGCCUUCUGUCUCAUCCAAGAUGAUGUUGCCUCCAGAAUCGAGGAAUCAAUGACCAUGGAUCAAAUCUUUGGCAAUGCCUUCUUGACCAUCGCAGCAACCUCUGCAACUGAUAGCAGCACCCAACCUCUUUUUCCUGCCCAAGUGCAGCCCUUCAAGAUCCAAGCGACUGACAAUAAAGGUUCGGCUUUCAAAAUAUAUGUCAGGGAACAGCCGAGUCAUUACAGUUUCAAGGCACCUUUCGAUGAAAGUGCGCAUAUGAAUGAUUGGGAGCUUCCCUUUAACAUAUCUGAUCGUGCCAAUCAGGAUACGCCGUUGUUGAAACGAGCUUGGGCAUUCAUUGAACGUCUCCUUUCACCACGGAUACUUCACUUCACAACGAGCGAGAUGAUCCUCGAAUGCCGCGAAGGAUAUCAAUGUGAGUGUGGAAGGAUUGCUGACCCAUUUCUCGAUUCUCGGGCUACCGAUUCGAUCAAACAAGAGCUCGCACGAAUGAUCUGGGAGACGAACAGACGGCCAUCGUUUGACGGAAACGUGCAUGACCCGAUGAACGGGAUCGAGAGUGUCACCUCUCAGCUUGCCUCUACGACCCUUACCAACAGAGCAAGGAAUAUCUCGCAAAAGCGAGAAGAAGCACUCCAGCUUUGGAGCUACGUCGUCACAGAGUUUACAGCCAGGAACAUGACUUACGACUCGGACAGACUGUUGGCUAUAGCCAACAUCGCGAACCAACUAUCCCCCGCUCUUCAUUCGGGCUACAUUGCUGGUCAAUGGUCAUUUAGCACGAUGGGAUUGCUCUGGUAUCCUAAUGAUAGCACCAUAUGCCGACGAUCUAAACCUCUUCCUGGUCAAAAUAUUCCGAGCUGGUCUUGGGCAUCGGUUGAAGGCUCUCCUAUAUUUUUUGACACCACUUCAGCAAUGGAUCUUGCGUGCAGGGCAUCCUUCGCUUCGUCAGAGGAGGAUAUUGCAAGCUGGUCGCCACUGUCUGGACAAAGUAUUGAGCUGUCAGCGGCUAUGGCAACAGAAGUCACGUUCAACUCCAUGGUAUCAGCGGAAGGUGCUUCGUAUCUUCUCUCGAGAAAUGGUGUCGUAGUCGACUUCAUGCCAGAUGUACCUCUAGCUCGACACGACGAGCCAUUGCGCGAUGGCGAGACACUCACUUGCGUGUUGGUGAGCAUGACAUAUCGGUCUUCAGUGAUUGGCCUUGUGCUGCAACGAUCCAACAGCAGUGGCAUGUAUCGCCGCGUCGGUCGCCUCGAAUGCUACGAAUGCUCAGGAACAGGCAACGACGAGAUGAGCGAAGAUGCGGAGGCACUCUUUGACCACUGGUUCCCUGAUAUUCAGGAUAUGUCGCAACUCGACAACUACCCAUUGCAGCGUUUCACUGUUGUUUAGGCAGGCACAUUUCUUAUUGGUUUUUCUGCAUCUUGAAAAGGUAUAGAUGCUGCGAGCGGCUCGCAUUCGCUUAUUGUGCUCUCGAUACCCUUCACACUGGCUAGCGUUUAGCUUCGAUACUUCUCCCGGA